AUGGCUGCUGCUUGCAGAACAACGAGGAGGAGGACCCGCCUUCCCAAGAGAACGAAACAGACGACUCAGAAAGCCGCACAUGGGAAGCUGCUGCCAAAGCAGAGGAAGCCAAAUCUGAGCCAAGGGAAGCAGGGGCGGCGGAAGGUGGUAGACCAGGUGAUGGCACCUGUAAAGCAGGAUGUCAGGCAUCCCUGCGAUGAGUUCAUCUCUAAAGUUCUGAGUCAGCUGCACCGCGACAGGGUGCCCAUAUCGACCAAGGCCAAAGGGAAGAUGAUCACCUUCAUAAGGAGGUUCUACAACACUGUGUCCAACCACGCCAAGAGCAGCAAGAGAGCCCAGCGGACCUCCACCAUCGGCUCCAGGGAACUACACAAAGCACUCAAGCGCGUGCUGCGCAAGAAACAAGUCAUGGAGCUGGUGAAAACUGUCCGCAAAGUGGCACGGCGCCGUUAG